CAGCAAGGUACAGAACAGCAUGACAUCAUCGCGCCUGCUGCUGCUGUCAACGAGUCAGGGCUCAGCCAUGUGAAACGCGUAGUCCAUUGGCUUCUUUAGAAUUGCCUUAGUGUCGAUAUCCUGGAAUUUCCAAUAAACCGGUGUUGCAAUUCCUUAUGCCCCUUCGACUUUAUGUGGGCCGAUCGAAACAAUGUUCUGAAACGAUCUUCAGUGGCAGUGCAAUAGUUUUGUACUCAGGGCAUUUAAAUUUCAAUCAAUCAAUCAAUCAAUCUUUAUUUUAUACUGUUAAGAAACGUGUGUUUUAAUGUACAAUGUGUUUUAUUUACAGCAAUAGAACGCCAUUCCUGGGGUCGAAUUCUCACUUAAACAUCUUAAAACCAGAACCACUAUUUUAUUUUUUAUUUUUUUGAAACACAAAUUGCAAAUUUACAGCGAAAACUUGUUGUACUACAGUCAAUGAGAAAUUAGACAGCAUAUCUGCGUAUGUUAUUUUUUUUUUAUUUCUCAUGUGCUGAAAGAGUUAAACAUUACACCUCAUAUCAUUAAACACAGGGCAACUCCACCCUGUAUCAACACUUCCCAGCAUGAUAAAGCAAUCAUGUUCCAGGUGACUUAUUCAGGUGAACAGGGAGGAGCUGAAACAUCUAUUUAGUGAUCCAACACUUGCUGUUAGUCUACUUUGGAGAGGGAAUACAGACAGCUGCAACUCUGAAACACUACAGCAGCUGCAUUCAUUUCUAGUUCAUCGACUGGUCUUGACUUCAGCUAUGCCGAUUUUUGACUCAAAAGCUCCUCCCAACAAGAACCAGGCUUUGCUGGUGUCAGUUAUGGAGUUUUACCACGGGGUUCCCCUGGCCCCCAGGAGAGGGGUAAAGAAAGAUACCAAGCGGCUGCACAAGAUCCUGUCCAGACUGGGCUUCCAAGUGACCAUCCACAAUGACCUGACAGCUGAGGAGAUCCGAAACGUCUUCAAGACAGCAAGUUUGGAGAUGGGGGGAACAUGCUUCGUGGGGGUCCUGUCCAGCCAUGGAGAGGAGGGGCUGGUUUUCGGGGCAGACGGGAAUGCAGUCAGGCUGGCAGAGAUCUUCAGCUGGUUCGGGGGUCCCGGGACGUCAGAGACGACCAAGCUGUUUUUUGUUCAGGCCUGUCGUGGGAAAGAGCUGGACGAUGGCGUGGAGCUGCAGGCGGACAGUGUGUCUGUCAGUGAAGAGGACAGCUUCUCUCCCUGUUUCUCCAUUCCCAUUGACUCUGCAGUCAUGUUCGCCACAGCCCCAGGGUACGGUGCUUUCUUGCACCCUAUGGGGUCAGUCUUCCUCCAGACUCUGUGCGACCUCUUGGAGGAAGAAGGGGGACGGAGCCUAGAGGUCACUCAGCUCAUGACCCGCCUCAACUACCGGGUCGCGCACAACUUCGAGGCCAAGGGGCGGGAGUUGGGCGGGAAGAAGGAGAUGCCUUGCUUCGUCACGAGGCUCACGCGUCAGGUCUUCCCAUUCGCCGACAGACUCAAGGAGCCCCUCCCACUAUAGGGGAGGAGACAGUGAAACCACACCCCCCCAGGCACCAGCUGUGCUUCUCAUUAAGGAAUGUGCAAUAUCAAAUAAUGUUUACAAGUAAAAGACUGAUACAAAAGGAAGUAAAAUAAAUAUAAAAGGACAUUUGACAUGGUAUAAUUACACAGGCAGGGGUAGUGUGUGUGUGACAGUUCAUUUCUGUUUUUGUUCACUCACUAACAGAGGGAAUGGUGGUAUAUGUGGGUUAGAAUGUGUACAUUGAAAGUACACAUGUUUUUUGGGACACAAAAACAUUUCAAACACGUACUGUGACACGUAUGUGUUAAAGUGGUCGGCGUCAUUUCCUGCUGUUUAGUUUUCCAAUCGAUGUGUUUUGUGACUGAUCACGUAUGUGCUGAAGAUCUGUGAGCGGAAGUUAUUGUAUUAAAUUGUGAUUUCGGAUUUUUCGUAAAAAUAAAAAUGUAAUGAAAGUACAUUGUUUGACAGCAGUUGUCAUUAUUUUGUCAUUUACUCAGGUAUGAUAAAUACAUACACAGCACAUAGAGAGCUAUU